CAUGUCUGCUCUCUCUCUCUACGUCUUUCGUUCUUCUUUCCUCUGACCUCUCUGCGUUUUUUUUUUUUUGCUAACCCAGUAACCCUAACCUCUCUGCACUUUGCUCUUCUUUUCCCUCAAGCCUCUCUCUCCAACCUAACCCAGUCUCCUCUCUCUGACUCACCCUUUUCAUUUAUCUCUUUCUUCUCUCUGGCAACGGCAGUGGUGCAUGGGUUUGGUGGUCUGGGUUGGUUGUGGAUCGUGGUUAUGGCUGAUCUGAGGAGAGAGAGUGAUGGAGGAGGGAAGAGGGGAGAGUAACAGAGAGGGACAGAGAGAAGAGAGAGAACUAACAGAGGUUAACGUUGUUUAGUGGUGUUUAGGGACAAAAUAGUCUUUAUGGACGAAAUUGGUCAAUUUUGGAAUGUCCAGGACCUAGUUGUGGAAUUUAUCCAAAAAUCUUUGAUUCGAAUAAGGUGUUUUUGUUUGGAUUCAAGCCGGUUACCGGGUCUGGGUCCAAUUUGGUGAGGUCCAGGAGCAUAAACCAAUGACAAUGAGACAGAAGAGGAAAACGGCAGGUAGUUGAAUUUGAUGCGUUUGACUCGCAAUUGAAGAGGAAAGCAGUGUCUAUCUCAAAACUCAAAUCCAAUAUGUCAAAAUCUGGAGCACUGGAUCUUGCUUCUGGGGUUGGCGGGAAGCUUCAGAAGAAGCAAGUGCUUUCAACUGUUCAAAGAUAUGAGAAGUAUCACAUACAUCAUGGAGGGGAUGAGGAAGAGAGAAAAGCUAACUACAAGGACAUGGUUAACAAAUACUAUGAUCUUGUGACAAGCUUUUAUGAAUAUGGCUGGGGUGAAUCUUUCCAUUUUGCAGCUAGAUGGAAGGGAGAAUCAUUAAGAGAGAGUAUCAAGCGACACGAGCACUUUAUUGCUCUGCAACUGGAUUUGAAGCCAGGACAGAAGGUGCUGGAUGUAGGAUGUGGAAUUGGUGGGCCCCUGAGAGAAAUUGCUAGAUUUAGUGGUGCAUCAAUUACCGGGAUAAACAACAACGAAUAUCAAAUAACUAGAGGAAAGGAACUAAAUCGCAUUGGAGAGGUGGAUGAGACCUGCAACUAUGUUAAGGCGGACUUCAUGAAAAUGCCAUUUUCUGACAAUACUUUUGAUGCAAUAUUUGCAAUAGAAGCCACAUGCCAUGCACCAGAUGCGGUUGAUUGUUACAAAGAGAUAUACAGAGUGUUAAAGCCUGGCCAAUGUUUUGCUGCUUAUGAGUGGUGCAUAACUGAUUCUUUUGAUCCCUUGAAUCAAGAACACCAAAGGAUUAAGGGUGAAGUUGAGCUUGGCAAUGGACUUCCUGGCAUCAGAUCAAAGGGACAAUGUCUUGAAGCCUUGAAAGUUGCAGGCUUUGAGAUCAUAUGGGAGGAGGAUUUUGCUGUCAACUCGCCUCUCCCUUGGUAUUUGCCUCUGGACAAAAAUCAGUUCUCACUAGCUAGCUUCCGAGUAACAGCUUUUGGACGUUUUAUCACUCGAAACAUGGUCAAAACCUUAGAGUUCUUGGGCCUUGCUCCUGAGGGCAGUCAAAGAGUUCAGUCCUUGGAGCAAGCAGCAGACGCUCUUGUUGAAGGUGGAAGGAAAGGGAUCUUCUCACCAAUGUACUUUUUCUUGGUCCAAAAGCCUCAUUCCUAGCCCAGAAUUUGUCAUGUGCAACUGAAGCUUCACAGGGCUUAUUAUAUUUUUAUUCUUGUUAUUGCAUUGCUUGAACACAUGUAACUUAAAAAUUGAUUUUGGCAAAUUACAGCAACAUUUCGUAUGCUUGUACCUCAACAAAUCUAGUACAAAUAAGCAACAGAACACCAAGAGUGCAGAAUUAAGAAAAUUGCCUUGUGAACCAUGUAGUAUUCUUGAUAAGUGGUAAAAACUAAAUCCACUAUUCAUCAAAAGCCCCUUAUAUGUUUUCACUACCUUAUUGGGAAGGCUGAAUAUCUCAGUUAAAAGGUGAUAUUCCUUUGUUUUAGAAUCUUUAUUGUGAAGUGCGAUUCCUGAGUAGGUAUACCUCUGCAAAA